AUGACGAGUGAAGCGACAUCUGAAUCGCUCACCCAAACCGGGCGCCCUUUCCAAAAUGUGCUUCAGCUCUGGAAGGGCCGUAUACCACUGCCGUCCUUCUCCCUUGGAGAGCACUCUUACGGGUUUGGCUGGGCGGGGGCACAGCUGCCCGGUAUCUUGGCUCCAGGUGAUAACGGUCCCGACGACCUCAAUCCCAUGGUUGGCAUUGGCGCACCGCCGAAGCUGGCAGUGUACCACGGAGGAGAUAUUGCCGGAUUCAGCACCUACAACGCUUUGUUCCCGGCAUCUGGAAGCGCGGUUGUGGUUCUCACCAACUCCCUUUUACGGAACAACGGGGUCCGCUGGAUUGGGGAGCUUCUGAUUGAGGCCCUCUUCAACAACUCACACAACGCUCAAGAUUACCAAGUUGUGGCCAAGAAAGCAGCUGAGAGUGCGGUUCAGCGAUUCCAGGAUACCAGCAAGAGCCUCGCGGCCGGCAGAACUGUGGAGCAACCGAAUCGCCCUCUAAAUGCUUACAUCGGAGACUAUCACAACCUGGGCGGCAACUUUUUUAUUCAAGUCCGCUUUAACGAGAAAAGGGAUGGCCUACUGAUUGCGUACAUGGGUCGCGAGGCAGACACCUUCGAGCUCGUUCCAUACCAGGCUGAUAGCUUCUACUGGACCUUGACGUACGACGAUACUGUCAAGCUUGGGCGGGAAGUGGUAUAUCCCGAGGAAUACUACAUUGUGAAGUUUGGGUUAGCCAUUGAAGAGCCUGGGGAAAUGUUCAAGAAGGCGGGUGGGUCCGCUGUAGUGGAGAUGUGGGAGGACUUGGAAGUUAACUUGGUACCUACCUAA